AGAACAGACCUUUCAACAAUUACUUUCAGACCAAUGAACACAUUCAACUCAACUCAAUGAGUCCAAGUUUGCGAACAUGGCGUGAGCGUAGGAAUGAGCUUGUAUCUAUUCUUGAAGUUGCCGGAUGCGACGAACAUAAGGCUCCCGGCCAUGUAGAUCCAGUGGCUCUCGCCGUUGAGGAAUGUUCGAGGCUGUCGAGACAACUACGAUGUACUGUGGAAUCCCUUCGCUUCUCCGAUUCAGAUUUUUCCUUUAUUUGUAACUUCGAUCGGGGCCAAUUUGGUGCCCUGGAGGCAGUCAGAUGCGUUCACGAUGGAAAAGUUUACGCUCGAAAGUGCGUUCAAAAAUCAACCGCUGAGCGAUACAAGGAUCAAUGCUUUGUCAAGACAGAACGUGAAAUCCUCUCAAGGGCUACUGUAACUAAAUGUCCAUGGGUCAUCUGGCUUCUCUGCGCCUUUCAAACACCAAUGGCGCUGGUGCUGGUUAUGGAAUACGCUGCUGGAGGUAGUUUGUGGGAUCUCAUCGCCUCCGUACCCGAUUCAAAAGUCACUGAGGCUGAUCUUCGGUGGUGGGUGCCUCAAGCAAUCAACUCCAUAGAUUGGUGUCAUGCCCAAGGGUUUUCCCAUCGGGAUAUCAAACCCCAUAACUUUGUUAUAUCUCAAGAUGCGCGCUUAAAGCUUAUCGACUUUGGGUGUGCUGCUCCCCUGGUUAGCACGAGUUCAAAGCCGCCGCGGCAUGUGGCAAAACCUUAUUGUCUAAUCCCCUGUGGGACGUGCGAUUACAUCUCCCCAGAGAUUCUUCAGGCUCAUGAGGAUGCCCUCUUUGCUGCCGAAAUAGAUGGCCAUGUUGAAGUCAGCAUGCACGAAAGAGGCUAUGGGUGCGAAACGGAUUGGUGGAGCCUGGGGGCUGUUAUUUACGAGCUGGCUCUCGGUGUUGCCCCAUUCUUUGCUCCGAAUAUUCAACAAACCUACUCUAGAAUAGUUCAACAUGAGGGCUCGGACAUUGGGUUUGAUGAGGCGGUGCCCCUCAGCUUGACAUUGUGCGAUCUCAUCAGAAGGUUACUAACAACUGCUGACGAGCGGCUAGGAGUUGGUGGAACCAAUGACAUUCGCCGGCAUCCUUGGUUCGCUAAGAUCUCCUGGUCAACAUUAGAUCAAAGACCUGCUCCACCUAACUUAUUCUUUCCCCCCGAAAACCAAUAUUCAUGUACUUCCAAUGAGCUGGAUCUUUCCCAGGAUAAAUCGUCUCCUUUUGAUUUUUCACAUCUGUUCAAGUCCUCCAUGAACAGCUCCGCUAUUGACCAAUCUUACCGGGGCCCUUCAGCACAAAGCAUGCCAGCAUACACAGGGUUCUCAUGGGGGCCAAUGCCUGACGCUUUCGACGUUUCCGCAUCUGCAAGACUUACGGCCCCCUCGAUAACCAAAGGGACGCCGAUGCCUGCCCACGUCCUUCCACCAGAUUUGGGCACGCUGGCUAACGGGGCCCGUCGCAAGGAUGGACGGGCCUACGGGUUGGGCACGCUAACCCCUUCUCUUCGUGCGCCUCCUAAGCAGCCUUCUCCAAAGGACUUCAAAACUCCCAACCGCCCCACCGUUUCUUACCAUGACAUAUCGAUGCCUCGGACUGAGGAACGGCGAGGGAUGUCGUCUAGCCAUAGGAAACGGCUCAUUUCCGACCGUGAGGCCCUGAUGCAGAUGAUGGCUCUUGUUAGUGCCAGUGCACGCAAGAAAAAGCGGGAGGCGAACCGCCCCAAUGACCUGAACACGUCCAUUUCUUUCGAUGAGAGUGCUCCCCCGAGUCCCAGCCCACGACCUGGCUCGUCAUUGUCGAGACGGUCGGGUUCGGCUUCUCCUUUUCCUCACGUUCGGAACGCCGCACUAUCCUUCGUAUUCGACCCUCCAACGCUUACACUCACUGGGACAAGUCGCAGUCUAUCAAAUCAUGCCAGCCGUGUUCCAAACCCCACGUUGUUGGAGGACGGCAAGCGAGAGGAGAGGAGUGACUCCUUUUCGCAGUUGUUUCCUCCAAAGGGUGAUGAUAGUCGUCGCCACGAGGAAGAAAAGGAUAAGGGUGCGAGGGCAGUUGUGGAUACAGGCACCUUGGAUACCCUAUCAUCUCGCACUUACUGGACAGGAAGUCUGGACGAGAACAGCAGCACUGUAGAUGUCAGACUCGUGGAGGCUAGCAUCACUAAAUUAUUAACAGAUUUAUCCAGGAUGGAGUCCAAAGUGGCGUCUCUCAAAGCUUUUGCCCAGAAUGAUGCCCAUUGA